AAUGAGGACUAUCAUCUUACGGAAGAUGAGAGUGAGGUGCGAGCUGAAAGAAAGAAAGCCAAGGAUGCGGAGUACCAGGCGUACAUGAAGAACGGUACCUGGGAAUUAACCCCCUUACCGAAGGGAGAACAUUGCAUCUCGAGUGGCUGGGUGGAAACAGAUAAAAGAGACCAGAAUGGCAUCAUGGUAAGGAGAAAGGCAAGAUUCAUUGCAAAGGGCUAUAGUCAAGAGUAUGGAUAUGAUUAUCUCCAUACUUAUGCACCGGUUGCAUCGAUAACGACUAUACGUUUGAUAUUGGCAUUAGCAUGCAUAUUGGAUCUUGAACUGGAUAACAUGGAUGUUGACAUAGCUUAUCUUCAAUCAGACCUUGAAGAAAAGAGAUACGUCAAGCAGCCAACUGGAUAUGGACAGUAUGGACCAAAUGAAGAAGAGCU